UUGAAAUUAUAAAAACUUCAAAUAUAUAUUAUCUUCCCUUGGUUGCAAAAUGAAACCUCACUACCACAUCUUGUUUACAUAUCUUCAUCUCAUCUUUUUCAUACAAUCUAUUAAUCUCACUCCAACACACUCAUUGAAAAUACCAAGGUUAACUCCAUUAUAUAAAUGGAAAACAACUUUACACAAUCUUGAAAAGUUGGUUUCAAUUGAAAAAGAAAAUGUUGAAACAUUUUACUACAAACAAGUUUUGGAUCACUUCAAUUAUAGGCCCGAAAGCUACCACAAAUUUGAACAAAGAUAUUUUAUGAAUUUUAAAUAUUGGGGUGGUGCUAAUUCUAGUGCCCCAAUAUUUGCCUACUUAGGUGCAGAAGAUUCAAUAGAUACUUACCCCACCGGUAUAGGAUUCAUGACGGAUAACGCAGCUACAUUUAAAGCUCUCUUAGUCUACAUAGAGCAUCGGUACUAUGGGAAAUCAGUACCAUUUGGAUCAAGGAAAAAAGCAUUCAGGAAUGCAAGUACUCUUGGAUAUUUCAACUCAGCUCAAGCAAUUGCGGAUUAUGCAGCGGUUCUCAUACAUAUAAAGAAGACAUUGCAUGCUCAUAACUCUCCCAUUAUUGUGCUUGGAGGAUCAUAUGGUGGAAUGCUUGCUUCAUGGUUUAGGCUCAAGUAUCCUCACUUGACCAUUGGUGCUUUGGCCUCGUCAGCACCAAUCCUCUACUUUGACAAUAUUACACCACACAAUGCUUACAUGGAUCUUGUUUCAAGGGAAUUCAAAGAAGUGAGCGAAACAUGUUACGAAACAAUUUUAAAGUCUUGGUCUGAAAUUGAGAGAAUAUCUUCUCAAUCGGACGGUCUUUCCAUUCUUAGUGAAAGAUUCAACACUUGCAGACCCUUAAAGCAAUAUUCUGAUUUAUCAGAGUACCUAGAAAGCAUGUAUACAGCUGCAGUUCAAUACAAUGGACCUACAAGUUCUCGAGUUAGUGAGAUAUGUAGGGGAAUUGAUGGAGCUUCUUUUGGAAAUGAUAUACUCAGCAAGAUAUAUUCAGGUCUUGUGGCUUAUGAGGGAAAUGGUACAUGCAAAAUUAAUUAUGCUCCUUCAAAUAUAUCUGAUGAGGUAUAUGAGGGUUGGUCAUGGCAGAGGUGCAGUGAAAUGGUAAUGCCUAUUGGUACAGGAAAUGAUACCAUGUUUCAACCUGAUCCUUUCAAUUUAAAGAGAUAUGUUGAAGAAUGCAAGAAACAAUAUGGUGUCUCACCUCGCCCUCAUUGGGUCACUACUUAUUAUGGAGGCCAUAAUAUAAAACUGGUUCUUCAAAAAUUUGGUAGCAACAUCAUUUUUUCAAAUGGAUUAAAAGACCCUUAUAGUACUGGCGGGGUAUUGAGCAAUCUUUCAGAUAGUCUUAUUGCCGUCUAUACAACUAAUGGAUCUCAUUGCUUAGAUAUUCUUCAGACUCGUCAAAGUGAUCCAAAAUGGUUGAUCCAACAAAGGAAGAAAGAGGUUGAGAUUAUCAAAAGGUGGAUUGAACAGUAUUAUUCUGAUCUUGCUCUAAAAGUUAAUAUAAGGGUGGAUUGAACAUGUAUUUCAACAUUAUUACCAUGGGGAGCCAAAAUUCCAAAAUAAUUGAUAUAGCUAGAAAAUAUGAAAAUAAGUUAAUAUAAAAGGUUUAUUAUCUGUUUAAUUAACUAUUGACAUGUAUUUGUAAGAGUAUGGUAUUUGAUAAUUUUCUGAAUUUGGUUCCUCGAAUCCUUAAACCCUCUUGUUUUCUGGU